AUCUUUGGUAGUAUCUUUAUCAUGCAAACAAAAAUCUCUCUUGUGUAUUUCACCCAUUGGCUUUGUACUUAACCAAUUACUCUCUUUAACGCGUUGAAUUAAUACAUAAUUCAUGACGCAUUCUACACGAAACAAAAUUUAUUGGUCUGUUUGUCCAAUUUCAAGAAUAAAUUAUUAUAUAGCACAGCUUGUUUCAAGAGAAUUGAACUUGUAAUUCAUUGAUUAUCAUCUCACUUCCAUUACAACUGAUCUCUCUUCAGCACAACGGAGUGCCAUGGCGCCGAGAAGUCGUAGCUACCAAAUCUCGGCAACUCCUGUUACGAUUUUUGCUCAUUUAUUAGUCAUUGCAGUGGCAACACUUGUGCUUGUAUGGCUCCUGCACAACCAAGAAGGCUUUGCUUUUAAAUCUGAUAACAAAUUGAAGAUUUUCAAUUUGCAUCCAUUUUUCAUGAUAAUUGGAUUUAUAUUAAUUGGAGGUGAAGCUAUAAUGGCAUACAAGACAGUCCCUGCAACAAGAAGAGCUCAAAAGACAUUUCAUUUCUUGCUGCAUUUACUAGCUCUCCUGUGUGGAAUUUUGGGCAUUUAUGCAGUUUUCAAGUUUCACCAUGAAUCAGGAACUUCGGAUAUGUAUUCUUUACAUUCUUGGUUGGGCAUGGGCACCAUCUGCCUCUAUGGUUUACAGUGGCUUCUUGCUUUCGUCUCUUACGUCUUCCCAGGAGCGGAAAUGUCAAGAAGAGCUUCAUUCUUGCCAUGGCACAGUUUCUUCGGACUGGUGAUCUUCUUCUUGGCAAUAUGCAGUGCUGAGACUGGACUAGUUCAGAAAUUCCUUAUAUUAGGCCUAUUUCGCGGCCAGGAAGCACUUAUUGUUAACUUCAUAGGAAUAUUGCUCAUUCUAUUUGCAAUAAGUGUUGGACUUGGUGUUGUCCUUCCUCGAGUUUAUUAAUCAAAUUUAGCAAUUGGGAUGUAUUUUUUAAUUAAUGUUUGUGAUUUGUAUAAUCUAAGUAACUAAAUUAUUUAACUUUUUUUAU